UAAAGAGACAGCGACCCCCUCAUUUAAAACUACAGGCUCUUGAAAGGUUGCCAACAGGGCGGCGCUAUGGCCUGCAGGAACGUUCUGGUGACGGGCUGCUCCUCUGGGAUCGGCCUGGCCGUGGCCGUCCGCCUGGCCAAAGACGAGCUGAAACGAUUCAGGGUUGUCGCCACCAUGCGUGAUCUGGACAGGAGGGGUGGUCUGGAGCAGGCAGCGGGGGGCGCGCUAAACCACACGCUGGAGAUCAAGGAGCUAGACGUCCGCAGCGAGGAGUCCAUCAGGGAGUGCGUCAACAGCAUCCCCCAGAGACAGGUCGACGUUCUGGUGAACAAUGCCGGGAUGGGCAUGAUCGGACCCCUGGAGUGCCAGAGCAUCGGCUCCAUGCAGAGCCUCUUCGAUACAAACUUCUUCGGCCUGGCGCGGGUGGUGAAGGAGGUCCUGCCCGACAUGAAGAGGCGCCAGUCCGGGCACAUCGUGGUGAUGAGCAGCGUCAUGGGCAUCCAGGGUCUUCUGUUUAACGAUGUUUAUUCUGCCUCGAAGUUCGCUGUGGAGGGGUUUUGCGAGAGUCUGGCAGUGCAAGCGAUGAAGUUCAAUGUAAAAAUGAGUCUCAUUGAGCCGGGACCCGUGAUCACGGAAUUCGAGAAGAAGAUUUAUGAAGACGCCGCCCACAUGGACCUCUCGGACACGGAUAAGCAAACGGCUGAAAUAUUUAAGCAGGUUUACCUCCCUUACUCCAAGGCCAUUUUCACCGCCCUCGGACAAACCCCGCAAGACAUUGCGGAGCACACCCUGAAGGUGAUCACCUCCGACAGCCCUCCAUUCCGUCACCAGACCAACAAGCUGUACGCCCCGCUGACCGCUCUGAAGCGGGCCGACCCCAGCGGCAGGCUGCCCCUCGACGCCUUUUACAAGAUCACCUUCCAGCACAACCGCAUCCUCAACGCCAGCCUGGCGCUGCUCGGGCUGCUGCACAGACGCAGCUGCAAGGAACCCCAGCCGGAGAAGCCCGCUUGAUGCAAACAAAACAAAAAAAUCGCCACGCCUCGUAGCCGCAGGAGCAGAGUUUUAGCCGCGAGUCUCGACUCCGAUCCAGACGAGAGCUGGCCCUGGUUUUUGCUCUCUCCCCGAGAGUCCCAGUGCUGUCUCCCUAGAGGUAGAGUCCCCAGUCGCUGCGUCCCAGGCAGCUUGGAUGAGGUUGAACUGUUUUAGUGUGUGGAUGCAUGUUCAGGGAGGGGAAAUAAGACUCCUAUUGCACAGCGGUUUCACCCGUUCCAGGUUUUACUAGGAGCUUGAUUAGCCAUGUGUAUAGGCAACUAGCUCAGCUGUGUCUUAUUAAGCAGCAAGUGAAACUGUUGUGCAAUGGGAGUGUUAUUUCCAUGUCUCGUGUGGGUCAGAGUUCAACCAACAUCUUUUUAGAUAUUUUAAUUUUUUUUUUUUUUAAACGUAUGCUGCUUAGAAAAAUUCUCUUUUCUUCAGUCAGUAUUUUUUCCAUGAAGUUUGGCAUUUUAAGAAAAAUCAUCAGUUUGAGAAAGUUUUGGAGUUUCAUUUAUUUCAAGCUAUAUAUUUUAAAUAUUACAGGAUCUGAAAUGCACUGUUGUUUAACAGAUGUGAAACCUGGGGCCAUAUUUGUAAAUCAUUAGCCAGUGUACUAAUAAAUGCAUCGCUAUCUUCUCGUGACUUUUCCAGUUUGUUCAUGCUUCGACUAUAUCCUUUGUGUUUUAUUUAACAGGCAAGUAUCGUCACUUUGUAGGUCUGCUCAGUCACCAAAAAGAAAAAAAAACAAAAACAAUGUUCCAUCUAUCGAGCAAGAAUUUUGGUCGAUGCUUUUAUUAUUUCAACACCUGCACUGAUAAUGCACUGUACUUUGGAGCAUUUUUCAAAUCCACAAGUUAUGCAGCAGUAAAUCUUUUUUUAAAAUUUUGUAUAUAUAAACGUGUGAUACUUUACAUGAAUUAGCAUGUGGAUACCACUGCUACAGACACCGUAAUAGAACUAUCUGACAUCCAAACAAAACGGCUGUAAUUUCUUAAACAGGUCACUUAAAAAGGAAAACUACACACACACAAAAUAAAGCUAUUAAACCAUUGACACCUGCUUCCCUUAAAUAAAGAAACAACACAUCCUAAAAAGUGAAAUCCAUACCGUAAAUAAAAACAGACAAUAGAGACAGGAAUAAGCAACACAAAGACUAGAGGGAAAAAAAAAAAAAAAACAUACUUUCAAACUAAAAUAAAAACUUAAGGAAUAUUUCAGAAAUAUACAUCUUCAAAACAGAGUAUGCACGCUGCCAAUCAAAGCAAAAACUCAACUCAAAACAAUCUACGAUACCAGAUUACUAUGAUCGUUAAACACAAUACAAAGGCUGUAACGAAAAGGUGGCUUUAUCACUUAUCAACCAAAAAACACCCUUUUCACCCCCCCCCCCGCACCGUCUUCUCAAUUACAUCACCCAAAGACACAAAUUCAAAGA